GAUGGUAGAGAGCGUCUGAAACGGUGCAGUGGGGUCACGCGCAUCAUAAAUGUGAUGCUAACAACUAAUAAUAAGUCACCACGUAAGCAAAUCCAGCUCAUACAAAGCUGUAACAAUCAAUCUCAGCCGUCCGUUUGAUCUGGAAAGAGACGAAAAGAACUCUGUGGAGAAAAAAAGAUUCUCGUUCUCUCUGUUAUUUUAAUAAUCUCCCUCCGAAAUUUCAGAAAUUUCGAAAUGUUUUAAAAGGAAACCAAAAAAAAAUCAAGAUUUGAUUGAUUAAUCUAUUUAUUUUUAUUAUAGAUAUAUAAAUAAACAAGUAACCGCUUCUUCUCAUACUUCAAAAGUUUUUCCGCCCUUGGGAUUUUGAAAUCGAGAGAGAGAAUGGAGGAGGUGGUGGAGAGGACGACCGAGAUGGCGGAGGAAGGGUGUACGACGCCGAGAAGCUCCAAGUAUAGGAUUCCUGUGUCGUUGGUUUGUCCUCCGCCGCCGAGGAAGAAAUCAAUGGUGGCGAGGAAACGAGAUCCGCCGAGGAACGGUUACUUUCAGCCGCCGGAUCUGGAGACUCUGUUCUACGCACAUCCUCGACGAGAAGCAUGCGCUUAGAUUUGGUUCUUGUUUUUUUUUUAGGGUUGGCUUUGGUUUGGAUUUGCUGUGUUUUUGUAGAUACAUGUUUCCCAUUUCAGUGUAGUAUCGUUGCUCUCGGAGACUAGACUUUAGUCUUCAGUUUCCUUUUGUGUAACGAAUUUGAGUUUACUAUAUGAAAAAACUGAGAUUCUCAGAAAUCGAAUUGUGUUUUUUUUUCGUAAGGUUUUAUUCA